CGGGGAGGCGGCCGCUGCCCGCCGGCCGCACUCCGUUCCACGCGAGCCCCGCGCCAUGCCGCCUGACAAGCCAGGACUGGUGAUAAAGCGGCACAACAUCCGAAUAUGGUGCCACGACUGCGACAUGGCGCGUCUGCAGCGCGUCGUGUGGGAAGGGCACGGCGCGAGACUCCUGAGCGAGGUCUCCAACCAGCCGGUGGUCAAGAAGUUUCUAGAAGCCGUGCCUUAUUUGAUGAACACUAUACGAGACAUCCACGAGGCGGUGAUCCAGAACGACCUGGAAGGGCUGAUGAAGCACUCGGGCGACCCGGUGACGCCGCAGGCGCUGUCCAGUCGGGACGCCAACAACAUGACUGCUCUGCAUAAGGCUGCAGGCUUAGGCCACGUCAGUAUACUGAAGUACAUCGCCGACCGCUACCCGCAAGGCAUCAACGACGUGGACAACGACGGCCGCACGCCCUUGCACUACGCGGCGAUCGUGCGAGACGAGCAGCACACGUUCAGCACGCUGGUGGGGCUCGGCGCCGAUGAGUCGGUCCUCGAUAACAAAAACAAGACUCCUGGCUAUUAUAUAAAUAGACCUCAGGAAAUCGACAAAAAUAUUCUAAAAACACUUCCUGACGCACCUCGAACCCCGUCUAGCUCCUAUCCAUCUUCUUGGGAUUGGAAGUUACUGGACACAGAAGUCAUAGCUGAACUUAACAAAAAAUCGAGGAGGAAAAUGAAAGCAUCCAGUGAAAACAUUUCUUCGAAAAAUAAUACAACAACCAUCUCUGAAACAAUAGAGAAUAAAGCAGGGGCUAUGAAAAAUAGUAGCACGCAUGAAUUCAUAAAAGACUUACCUGAUCUAGAUGAUAACCCCAAGCCUAAUCAUAAAAAUGGCGAUACGAGUGAUAAUAAAUUAGAGGAUUCACAAAUAGCUGAAGAAACAGAUGAUGUAACUGAGAACCAAACUGAAGAUGAAGAAAAAGAAAAACAAGAGGAAGAACCACCUGAAGACCCUGUUGAAGAAAAGGCUAUUGAAGGUGACGAUAAUCACGAAGAGCACAAAACUGAAAAUGGGGAACAUCAUAGUAAUGAAGAGCAAAAGCACGAAAAUAAUGAAAUUGACAAUAGCCACAAAGAAGAAAAAGACGAUGAAAAACAUCAGGAUGAUGAACAAAAAGAUGAAAAGAAUGAGGCCGAAAUACAAAACAUAGAGAAAAAUGAUGAGAUAACAGAGACUAAAGAUCAUUUACCUGACGUAGUUGAAAGCCACGAAGAAGGUAAAGAUAAAGCUGAAAUUGAAGAGAUAACGCACGACGCCUCUGAAGAGCAUGAACCACAUGACCAUGAACAUUUAGAGCAGAACGAAGAUGAUGCAACAAAACAUGCGAAUGAAGAAGAACAGGCAGAUACGAAAGAGGAGGAGUCUGCAGUAGAAAACCACGACGAACAUAAUGGUGAGUCACAAGUUGAUGAAAAUGAUGAGCUCACACACAAAAACAAUGACAUUCAUGAAAUCAUAAAGGAUACUAGUAAUGAGUCAGAAGACGAAGUUAUUGAAAGUCCAAAAGAAGGUAAUAACAAAUAUGACCACAACGAGGAUGACGAUGAUGUACAAGUACAAGGAGACGCUGCUUCUGAAUACAGCGACACGAAUCUCAGAAGUACUGCGGAACUCUCCGACACAAAUAGUGCCAAGAGAGGUAAAAGUGCCAUCUCUUCUGGUACCAUACACGAACCAAUAAAAACAUAAUC